CCUAUUUAAUACAAGUGAGCGUUGGAGUUCCCUGUCUAAGCAAUACCCUCAGCAGUCAGCGCUCCACUAGUGCAAUCACCAUCGUUUCAUUGAUCCAGAGACUCUAAAUAUCCCCACCAAACGAGACAACAAACUCUUUAUUUAAUUUAUAAUAAGCACGACUGAACUUACAUGUCUCCAUUUCAACGAAGAGGUUCCAAGUGCUGACUUGGGUCGGGGAGUUGGAUACAGCAUUACCAGGGAUUUGUUCUUGCACUACCAUCGUCAUUGAUCACCUUCCAUCGCACUAUCAAGAGAGGAGACUGCGGGUGUAUCUCAACGGAUACCUUCACGCUGUCAUUAAUGACAAACUGAAUAACUGCUAUGACAGGUAAACUAGCGGAGAAGCUCCCUCUUACCAUGAGCAGUUUAAUCAAUACAAUUCCUGACAGUCUUUAUCCAGAGGAGGACAUUCCGACUUCUAUGAACAUUUUCACCAGCACGGAUUCUAUUUCCCACUACUCGCAGAUGAACACAGAUAAUAUUAUGGAUUUGGGCAUGGGGAGCGAGAAAGGAUCGUCCGAGAUUCAGUACGGGUCCAGUUUCCAGUCCAAUCGCAGUGGCCAGACAGUCACCUACUUGGGGAAGUUUGCGUUCGACGCCCCCCCAUCGGGCGGGAUCGGCGGCUCGGGGUGGUGCUCAGACAACAACAUCAUCAGUCUGGUGAGUGCCGGGAUCCUGGGUGUGUCUCCGUCUCCCGGCAACAUCACCACGCAGACGUCCUCGUCGGGCGGCAGCAUGGGCGGGCAGUCCUCGGAGAUGGAGCAAGUCUACGGUCCCCCACUGCCCGCGUACUCCACCUGCAGCGAGAUGUACCCGGAACAGGUGUCCUUCCACCACAGCCCCGCCACUAGCACGCCCCUGGCAUACCCGGGCAAUGACUAUCACACCACUUCCAAAGCCCCCAUCGAUGGCAGCCUGUUCUCCAUGAUCCCUGACUACAACCUCUUCCACCAUCAGGGCGAGGUUGGCGUAAUGGAGCACAAACCCUUCCAGACCAUGGACCCCAUCCGGGUGAACCCGCCUCCCAUCACGCCCCUGGAGACCAUCCGGGCCUUCAAGGACAAGCAGCAGAUUCACCCGGGCUUCAUUGGCGGGCAGCAGCACGCGUCGCAACACCACCAGCCUCCCCAGACUCUCACCCUCAAGCCCAUCCGGCCGCGGAAGUACCCCAACCGGCCGAGCAAGACGCCCGUGCACGAGCGGCCGCACGCCUGCCCAGCGGAGAACUGCGACCGGCGCUUCUCGCGCUCGGACGAACUGACGCGCCACCUGCGCAUCCACACGGGCCACAAGCCCUUUCAGUGCCGCAUCUGCAUGCGCUCCUUCAGCCGCAGCGACCACCUCACCACGCACAUCCGCACGCACACGGGCGAGAAGCCCUUCUCCUGCGAGUUCUGCGGACGCAAGUUCGCCCGCAGCGACGAGCGCAAGCGGCAUGCCAAGGUGCAUCUCAAACAGAAGGACAAGAAGCCCUCCGACAAAGGCAGCGGCGCAGGUGCGUCCACGAGCCACAGCUCUCCCCCCAGCUCCUGUGGCAGCGGAGGGACAAGCAGUGGCAGCAUCAUGACUGUCACUACAUGUGCAUAGGGCUCAAGGGGAGCUCAUCUCAUACAAAUAGACUGGCAAUUUACUACUGGGGCUUCUCUGUUUCCUAUGAAAAAAAACAACAAAAAAACAAAACAAAGACAAGAAGAAAAGACUUUGAAAGACUUGUUUCCUUUCCUUCGCCACACCCCUCAUCCAUUUUUGUUCUUUACAGAUAAUAUUCUUGCCUUCAUUUUAAGGUGAUUUAGGAGGGUCUGCUCUUCCUUUAGAGCACUUAAAGGGGCACUUAAAGAGAGCACUAACAGAUUUGUGGACAUACGUCUCAGAGUUUAUGCGCUCUGCCUUUUGUAUUUUGAAAAUUCUCUGCCUGCAGUCUUCAACAGAGUAGUGUGCAAGAAACUAUUAUUUCAGUCAGGGCUGUGAUUGGCCGUCAAGUAGUAAAGGUACAAAUUACAUUGUGAAAUGUAUCAGAUGUAUUUUUUUAUGGGACUGUCUAUUUAAAAGUGCAAUCAUUUUUGUUUGCUUUUUUUGUUGACUGUUUGCAGCACUUUGGUUGUUGUCAAUUGUUUAAAUAAUGUUUAUUUUUUACUGUCAUUCCAUCAGUUACUUGUUUUUUAUUUUCUUUCUAUGGAGUGUGCCAAAUGUCCUGAAAUUCCACAGCCAAUCGAGCUAUAAUUGGUCGUGGAAUUUAGUCUUAACAUCAGAGGUUUGAGUUACUGAAAUUUUCCGGAUGCUUAUUCAAAGAGCCUUUACAAGUACAAAAACAGCUUAGGUGUUCAGAGACAUACAGUUAUACCACAGUGGUCAUACCCAUUGGCUUUGCACUGGCACCUAGAAGGCCCAUUAUUGUUUGUUAAGUAAAACUACCUUCAGUGUAGUGUAAUUUAGUGAUUCGCUGCACGUGCCAACUGAUACACUCCAAACGAAUGAUCAGCAAAAUAUCCAUCCAAGUCUGAAUUGGUCUGUGUGAUGCCCCAAAGUUUAAAGGUGCAUUACUUCUAAAUAUUUCUAAUAUAGGAGAUACAGCCUUUGACAAGAAAGUGCAAUACCAAAUGAAAACAGGCCUUAAGCAUCUGUAACCUGAUCCAAUAGGAGUCAGAGCAAAGUUCUAAUUCUAGAGGUCAACUCAUAGAGCCAUUCCCACAGCACUUGGGCAUCCCACUAAAAUCUCCAAUAUUCUAAAACGCCUUUCUCAUUUUUGCUGCUUUUUGCCUGCAUGCAUCUAGUAUUAGUAAUACUGCACGCACUGAUGUUAAGGGGCUGCAAUAGCAACAAUGCAUCAACACAGACAUACUGUAGUAUGUGUCUAAGGUUUAACACCGGGCACAAACAUAAGUAAUGCCAUAUGAGAUAUCUUUUUGAGUGAAAUGUGUUGUAUUUUUUGUUGCCACUGUGGCUAUUUUCUGGAAAAUUAGUGUACGUAACUUCUCUUACUGGAUACAAUGCACACUGUAUCUCCAGCACACAUACAAUAAACAUAGAGCUGGUUUUAAAUGAAAUACUGUUCAGAAACAGAUGUACACACCUUUCUAGGAUUUCAUGCUGCAAAUACAUUGCAGUCAAGUAUUGGCUUAAAGAGCCACUGCAUUAGCUUUUAUAUAUAUAUAUUUUUUCUUUUUAGACAGCUGAGGCCUGACAACUACACCAGUGCCAUCUAAGAUCAUUUGGCUUAAUUUCUUAUGUAGGAUCCAACUCCAACUUAAUGUACUUGAAAAGGCCACAGUCACUAUUCUGAGAACAUCUAGGGUGACCCUUGAAAUGAAAAAAAAAAAAAAUGUAGGACAGAAUUUUUGUACAGUUAAAUAUAUGAUAUUACACAUUUUUUUACUUGGAAUGUAAAAGACCAUGUGCUCCAGUAUUACAUUGUGUUUGUGUACUUGUGUGCAUAUGAAUACAGUUGUAUUCCUAAACACACAUUUUUACAUUGACUGAAUGUUUAUGGAGAGGAUAUCAAUUUCUUUCUGGAGAAAAAAUGUUGUGUACAUACUUUGUAUUGUUACUUGUGAGUUUGUGUGCCUGAGAGUGGAGCAUUGGGGCAGUUUAAAACUUGAUACAUCCUCCAUUUUCAAAAUAGGUAAUAUAAUUUGUUAUGUGCUAAUCUUUUUUUCAAAAUGACUUGGAAACACCAAACAAUGUGCUAAUAUUACAAAAAUAAACGGGAAAAUAAUCUAAAGA